AUGCAGGACAGGCUGGUUUUCAUGGUGCUCUGGACCCCUGUGAGCAAAGUGUUCAUGAGCAACCAAACACAAAGACCUUUGGGUGAGAAAUUAUCUGAUGGACAGUGCCGGGCUGUGCAGCUGGCUUGUGGGCAGAGAUACUUCAGAUGGUGGUACAAAAAGACCCGCAUAGAGAAGAAAUCUGCCUUCAUUGAUCUCUUGUGUGCUGUCCCUCUGCAGCAGAUCUAUGGGUGUCCGCUGGGUGGAAUUGGGGGAGGCACCAUCACCCGUGGUUGGCGUGGUGAGUUCUGCCGCUGGCAGCUGAACCCUGGCAUUUACCACUAUGAAACGGUCAUUGCCAAUCAGUUCACAGUGUGCCUGCGUUGCAAGGGACGGACAAUUUACCAGCAGGUCUUGUCGGUGGAGAGACCCAACACUCUGCAGGGCUGGAACUGUGGCCACUACGCCUUUUACCAUGCCCUGUACCCCCGUGCCUGGAUGGUCUAUGAGCUCCCGGGGCAGAAUGUGGUGCUUACUUGCCGACAGGUCUCUCCUGUCAUCCCCCAUGACUAUAAGGACUCCAGCCUGCCAGUGGGAGUGUUCAUCUGGGAGGUGGAAAACAGGAGGGAUGAGGAUGUGGAAGUCUCCAUCAUGUUCAGCCUGCAGAAUGGCAUGGGAGCAAAGGAGGACAGGAGUGGAGGGCACUGGAAUGAGCCCUUCACCUUCCGGAAGGAUGGCGAGCAGGUUGCUGGAGUCCUGCUGCACCACUGCACAUGUGUGAACCCCUUCACCCUUGCCAUCUCUGCCCGGGAGAAGGCUGGCACUGCAGUCACCCACCUCACAGCAUUCAAUCCCAUGGGAUCAGGUAGAGAAGUGUGGCAGGACCUUCUACAGGAUGGAAGGCUGGAUUCUCCCACUGGUAAAAGCACCCUGACAGAGAAGGGAGAGGUAACGGCAGCAGCAGUGUGUGCCAGCUGCAGGGUGCCUGCCCAGGGACACGGGACACUGGAGCUGGCCCUGGCUUGGGACAUGCCCUGUGUUCACUUUGGUUCCAAGGAGAAACUGCACCGCAGUUAUGCCCUGAUGCACUAUGAGGAGUGGGAGAGGAAGAUCGAAGCAUGGCAGAAACCCAUCCUGGAGAACAGCCAGCUGCCUUCCUGGUACAAGUCAGCCCUCUUCAAUGAGCUGUACUUCGUGACGGAUGGGGGCACCGUCUGGAUGGAGGUGCCCCCAGAUUGCUGUGCCCAGGACCUGCAGGGCCCGGCAGGGGCUGGCCUCUCCCACCUCCUCCCUGUCCUGCGGGAGUACGGAAGGUUUGCUUAUUUGGAAGGCCAGGAGUACCGGAUGUACAACACCUAUGAUGUCCACUUCUAUGCCUCCUUUGCUCUCAUCAUGCUGUGGCCCAAGCUGCAGAUCAGCCUGCAGUAUGACAUUGCUGUCACAGUGGUGAACGAGGAUGUCCACCCCCGGCAGUAUCUAAUGUGUGGUCAGACAGCCCAGGUGAAGCUGAAGAAUGUGGUGCCGCAUGACAUUGGGGACCCAGGUGAUGAGCCGUGGCAGCGUGUCAAUGCCUACCUGAUGCACGACACAGCUGACUGGAAGGAUCUCAACCUGAAGUUUGUGCUGCAGGUGUACCGUGACUACUACCUGACACACGACUCUCUGUACUUGCGGGACAUGUGGCCAGUCUGCCAGGCUGUGAUGGAGUCAGAGCUGAAGUUCGACACCGAUAAUGACGGGCUCAUUGAAAACGGUGGCUUUGCUGACCAGACGUAUGACGCGUGGGUGGUACAUGGAGCCAGUGCCUACUGUGGCGGGCUAUGGCUGGCUGCUGUCUGCAUGAUGUGCAAGAUGGCAGAGGUGCUUGGGGAUGCUGAGGUCCGGCAGAAAUACAUCAACAUCCUGAGCAAGGGCAAGGAGGCAUUUGAGAGAUUGCUCUGGAAUGGAAAAUACUACAACUAUGAUAGCAGUGGGAGUGACACCUCCAGCAGCAUCAUGUCAGAUCAGUGUGCUGGGCAGUGGUUUCUUGGGGCCUGUGGCCUGGACCAAGGGGAAUAUGAGGUCUGGCCUGUGUCCCAUCUCUUGAAGGCAUUGCAAUGCCUCCUCUAG